ACAGCAAGAUCUGGAGAAAGAGAGCGAGGAGAGUGUUUCUUUUUUGUACGGGGAGGGCAAGACGAACAAUUUUCCUUUUUGAAAAAAUCUCUACUUCCACAAAAAUUUCCUAAUCUGGAAAAAUAGGACAGAUUUUGUUCGGAAAUCGGAUUGGGUUUGGAUUCGGAUUGAGGAGUAAAUCGUUGACUCCGGGUAGGAGAUGGAGGGAGUUGGGGCCAGACUCGGGCGAUCGUCGACCAGGUACGGACCAGCGACGGUGUUCACGGGUCCGGUGAGGAAGUGGAAGAAGAAGUGGGUCCACGUCUCUCCUUCCAACAAGAAGGACACCAGCUCCGCCACCGCCGUUAAUGGUGGUUCGGCAGCCGACGGUAGCAAUGGGCCGCAUUUGUUGCUGUACAAGUGGGCUCCCUUGUUUCAGAGCAGCAACGGUAACGGCGGUGGUAGUGGUAAGAGCGAGAGUAAUUCUCCGAGCGACGACUCGGGGACGGCGGCGGAGGAAGAGCCUCCGAGGCGGAAAUUUAAAUAUGUUCCGAUUGCCGUGCUAGAGGAGCAGAAGAGGGACACCACGGAAAUUGAGGAUGAGGACAAGGUUGAGGAGGAUGCCAAGCCAAGUGAUAAUGAUGCAGCAGAUUCAAAGGAAAAGAAUGGUGGUCUGGAUGAAAAACCAGACAUAAAUGAUGUUCCAGUUGAAGAUAAUAAACAGGAGGAUGGCAAAAUGGUAAGGCAAGAUCUGAACAAGAGCAGUAUUGAUUUAAGCCUAAACUUAAAUGCCCACGACGGAGAUUCUGAAAACGAUCAGACAGCAGACAUAUUGGUAGAAGGGUGAUGAACGAGAAGGCCAGGUCGGUCCGGGCAUUACAGUUAAGUGUAAAACCAGGUUGAAUGUCUUCGGUUAUAAUGUCUUAGGAACAAACAAAAGGCAAGAAAGAAAGCUACCGUAGAGAUGACCAGCAUCCACAGGAGAAAUGUAUCUUUGUUUCCUCAAUUCAAGAAACAUUUCAUUACAUUAACUAUGCAUUGUUAUUUUACUGAUA